AUGAACUCGCUGUUACUGCUCUCAAUUGGAGCUACUCUCCUGCCCAUUGUAUGGACUGCGGUUCCGACAGCUUCGAUUUCCGCUCAUGUUCUAGAUAUUUCCGGUGGAUCUCCAGCUAAAGGAAUCCAGAUUUUGGCGUACAUUCAAAAAAACGAUGCGUGGACCAAUAUUGGAGCACAAUUCACCCAAGACAACGGACGUGUCGAUUGGGUCUCUCCGAAUUUCACUCUGAUUGCUGGAACUUAUCGACUCGUCUAUGUAACGAAACCUUAUUACACAGACAAAGGUAUCGACAGCUUCUAUCCAUACGUUGAAGUUGUUUUCGACAUUCGUGAUCCCACUCAACACUAUCAUGUUCCGCUAACUCUGAGUCCUUGGGGAUAUUCCACGUAUCGUGGAUCCUAA